CUGGAACACUCUGUCCUGGAGAAGAAAAGCUGUUUCCUCUGCACCACACACCCGGAAAAGGAAUGUUCAGCCCUCUGGUACCCCUCAGCUGCCAGCCAUGGCAGCCAUCAGAAAGAAGCUGGUGAUUGUGGGCGACGGUGCCUGCGGGAAGACCUGCCUGCUGAUUGUCUUCAGCAAAGAUCAGUUCCCAGAGGUCUAUGUACCAACUGUCUUUGAAAACUACAUUGCAGACAUCGAAGUAGAUGGGAAGCAGGUGGAGCUAGCCCUCUGGGAUACAGCUGGGCAGGAAGACUAUGACAGGCUGCGACCCCUCUCAUAUCCAGACACAGAUGUCAUCCUCAUGUGCUUCUCCAUUGACAGUCCAGACAGUUUAGAGAACAUACCAGAGAAAUGGACUCCUGAAGUGAAACACUUCUGUCCUAAUGUGCCCAUCAUCCUUGUGGGAAACAAGAAGGAUUUGCGAAAUGAUGAGCACACCCGCAGGGAACUGGCGAAGAUGAAGCAGGAGCCGGUGAAGCCAGAGGAAGGGCGAGACAUGGCCAACAGGAUCAACGCUUUUGGCUACCUUGAGUGCUCAGCCAAGACAAAGGAUGGUGUGAGGGAAGUGUUUGAAAUGGCCACUCGAGCUGCCUUGCAAGUGAGGAAGAACAGAAAGCGCAAAGGCUGCCCGCUGUUGUGAAAGGAAAACAUCAACCAAGGAUGUGACUCUUGUUAUCUGAAGUGUUUCAGUCUCUUUCCGCACUCCCAUGGAUGCAAGUGGGGGCUCAGGGUGGAGAGGACACAAUUAGCUGCAUCUGAUGUAAGAAUUUACUAAGCUGACUCAGCCCUUCAGCCCUCUGCACAGUAAAUGGUCUGGAUGGGCCACACAGUGUAGGUAUAUCUCAUGGCCUUUCCAUGGACAACGUAUCCAGGUUCUCUUCUCUAAAGUCACACUAUGCUUGAAAGCCAGAGAGAUCUACUCAACUCUUUUUGUACAGACUGUCAUUUUUAUAUAGGGCAGGCAAUACAGAUGAACUAAUUCAGCUUUGCUUUUUCCUUCCAUUUUUAUACUAAUUCCACUGCUUGUACAGAUUCACUGGUGCUUCCUCUCACUUUGUUCUUGUAAACCGAGGAAGCUAGGUUUCCAGUGUUAUACUCUACUCUCUGCUUGCAAAUGAACUUGCAGAUACCUCUCCACCUACUUGUUUAGGCAAGCAAUUCAGCCUUGCCAAGAUGCCUACCUGUUUUCAUUGAGGAGCUGAGCUCUGUUGUGGUCAUAUAUGUCAUUCAUUGUACUUCUGUUUUGAGGGCAGUGCCUUGCAUUUUGGCAAUAGCAUACUUUCUCACUUCUUUCAUUAAAUUAAAUGGGAUCUUA